AUGGCAGCGCCUUUGCUGCAGAUCCUGGCACUGCUGGUGCUUCGCGCCAGUGCCAAGGGCGGAUCCUCUGGAAGCUACAGCUCUGGAAGCUACAGCUCUGGAAGCUACAGCUCGUACAGCUCUUCUGGUGGCUUCAGCGGUGGAGUGAUGCACUCUCGCACCUCUUAUAGCAGUGCGGGUGCCUUUGGCGCGCUCGUGCUGCUUAGCUCUGGCCGCAGGCGCAGGUAUGGCACCUACAACGAUGGCAGUAACGAUGGCGCGUGCACCAUGCUAAUUGACGAGGAGAUGAAUAGCACUUGCCUGGACCUGAUCACGAACACAACUCUGUGCCACGACUGCAUUGCCUGUGAGGCGGAAGACUGCAUGUAUGCAAUCACAAACUGUGACGAGUACCUGGCAACUGUCUACACGGAGUGCUGUGUCGAUGGCUGCGUAAGUACCUCCAGAGCAGAGCGAGGCUUGGUGAACCAUGUAGUCAAUCUCAUUCAGUUAGCACCACUAGCUCUACAAUGGCUUUGGGUCGGGUGA